GUAGUAUUUGUUUUUGUUUCCGCUAGCACUAAAAAGUGAAGAGAUCUAUAAAUUCUAAGAACAAUAGUAGUAAUGAGGUGAGCAAAGUUACAUUUUAAAGCAGUAGAUAUCAUGUUCCAUUGACAGCAUUUAAAAAUCGUGUGCUUUAAGUUUGGUUUUAUUACGAGCCCGAUUUGGUUUGCCUCUCUUCUCAGGUGUCGUGUCAGCCGUUGCCAACAUAUCGGAUCUAAAAGUUUCUUUGCUAUGAAAUUUGGACUAGUACCGGCUACUAUCCGUAAACUGAAGAUAUAAUUGUUAGAACGCUGUGUGUUAAUGUUUGUACUUUCAUUUUAAGGAAUCGUAUUGUUAUUUUGAAACUAAUUACUUUCGAAUAGGAUUGUAUGAAGAUUAAUCACGUGAUGUGUGCCAGUGUUUAUAAAAAUGGCAAACCAUUAUGAUGUUCCUUCUUGGGCAGGGAAACCUCCGGUAGGUCUUCAUUUAGAUGUCCUGAAAGGAGACAAGCUAAUUCAGAAAUUAAUGAUCGAUGAAAAGAAGUGUUAUUUAUUUGGGCGCAAUCCUCAGUUAAAUGACUUUUGUAUAGACCAUGCAUCAUGUUCUCGAGUGCAUUCUGCUCUUGUAUAUCAUAAGCAGCUAAAUCGUGCUUUCCUUGUUGACCUUGGCAGCACUCAUGGUACUUUUAUCGGAUCUUUGCGUUUGGAAGCUCAUAAGCCAACACAAUUACCUAUUGACAGUACGUUUCAUUUUGGUGCAUCGACGCGUUAUUAUAUAAUACGUGAAAGACCACAAACAGGGUCACGACCCAUCAUCGAAGAACUUGAAAAGAAUUCUGAAGAAGCUGAAGGUGGUCUUCUUGGUCUUCCUGAAACUGAAACAGAAUUGGAUAAUCUCACAGAGUUCAAUACAGCUCAUAAUCGUCGUAUAUCUAUGUUGGGUAUUCCUGAUGAAGAAAUUCGACCCACCUCACGAAAGCGUAAGAAGAAACUUCUUACUUUUAGUGAAGAAGAGGAAGUCAUUAACCCAGAAGACGUGGACCCUUCAGUUGGACGCUUUCGUAACAUGGUUCACACCACAGUCAUUCCUACCAAGCGUCAGCGAAUUGACGGUGUAGGACCAACUAGUGGUUUAACUGGGUCUUCUGAAGACCGUAUUACCAUGAUGAAACAUUUACAUCCUUCUGCUAUGGUGCCUCAUUUAUAUCAGGAUCUACCUCCAGAGGCUGGUGCUCAUUCAAACAGUGGUGUGCCAAAUGCUGCAGCUGGGAUGGGCAUGAGUCAUUCAAACCCCUUGAUGUUUUCAUCGUCUUUGGCAUCUCGACUGGGUUUGACCUUGCCAAAUCCAGCACCAGAAGUGGAAAUGGCACCGCCUCCUCUCCCACCGGCUCCUCUUCCUGGUGCUCCUGGAGCAGUGUCUGCAGCUGCUGCAGAGCUCAGCCACGAGCCUAAGAAGAAGAAAUAUGCGAAAGAGGCGUGGCCAGGGAAGAAACCUGUUCCUACUCUCCUUGUGUGAACUUCCAGGCAGUGUUAUGGUGUGGAUGUGAAACAGAAGAAUUGAAUAUUUUAACAUAUCGCUACCUUUCUCUGCGAGUUGAAAAGUGACAAAAACAACAGAAGUGUCAUUUUUGCCUGUGACUAGUGUGACUGAAUGGAAGAUUCUUUGUAUGUUUAUUCCUGCAUUUUCAGUGUGAAUUAUGAUGUUUAAAUGUCGUCCUGAGUUGCAAGAUUAAUUAUUUGCUAUGAUUGUGUUAAAUUUUAUAUAGCUCUUUUGCAGCAAAAGAACUGAAAGAAAGCUUAUAUUUGUUCUAAUGACAAUGUAUCCACUUUGAUAAUGGUCAAAUGUACAGAAACAGAUAUAUUAUGUGAAGUUGCUACUAAAGAGAAACUUGUUAAAGUAGAAAUGCACUCGUAUUGAACAUUGUGAUAGAAAUGCAGACUAAACUUGUGUGCUCAAUGCAAGAGUAAGUUGAAUUUUAGUGCUCAUGCUGCUGAUGAGAUUUUUGAACUCCCUAGUUCAGCCUGUACAAUCAAGAUGAAGAGACAAAAUUAUAAGAUACUAAUUGAUGAACAAUUGAGUUAUACAAUAAUUACACAAUAGUAAUUGUGUAAUUUAUUUCAAUAACUGGAUCAUGUAUAGUGAACUCAAGAUAACCAGAAAAAAUAUAAUUAUUAACCAGUUAAUAAAACUGUGUUUUAAAUAAUUGUUCUUUUUGUUAGAUAUUAGAGAAAUAAUACUCGGUUACAAAGCAGUAAAUGAAAUAAUCUUACCUGGUGAGUCAAUUUGAUUUUGCAUAAAAUGAAAAGUUACGAUCUAUAAAAAGGGUGUAUUAUUUACUGAUGCAUGAAGUCUGUAGCAAAGAGUAUAUAAUAUUUGUAAUUUUGUGUUUGUAAAAUAAAUUGAGUUUCAAUGUCUCUUCAUCAUUUUUACCUGUUUGGUAGUUUAUUUUGCACCAUUUUUUCCUUAUCAUAACAGAUGUGGGAAAGGUUCUGCACUAAUAGACAUACAAAUCUUGUUUUAUGUUUGUUAUGUAUAUGUUUUAAUUUGUGAUGUAGAGAGUUGAAUAAAGUGAUGAGUUUGUCCUGAUGG